AUGCCGCCGCCAACAUGUCUGCAGAGCUUCGCACGGCUGUCACUGGAUGCCUCUACUACACACGCCCCACGGCUCGUACGGCCCCAAGUCGCCUUUUUCAGCACGUCCGCCGUGCGCCAUGCCGUUGUGAUGAAGAAGAAGCAGCAGUCUGCUGCGCCUAAAAAGGGUGUAAAGACGCUUCGUGUGGGCAAGAAGAAGACUGCAGCAGACACUGGCAAGCGGCCUGCCCAGGGCGAGAGGAAGGCGUUGCGCAAGCGUAUCGUCUUGAGCAAUAACAACGCAUUGGAGGUUACAUCGCUCAAGGAUCUGAACAAGGAGAAUGUCCUGAGCGAGGAAAAUGAGGGACGGGUCAUGGGCCUGCCGGCUGAACAGGCCGUGGACAAGCUGCGGACUGUCGAUGCAUUCAGGCCGAGCCAAGGAUGGAGCUUGUUCCGAAGACCAGCAGUACUCAUCCGCAAAGAAGCCAUCCAAAUUGCAAGAUUGUUCAAGGAAGUGGAGGCUUCUUCUACUGAUGCGCGGAAGAAGACAAUACGGAGGAUACUGUCUGGCGAACGCAUGAGUGGGAAGAGCACGUUACUGCUCCAGAGCUUAGCCAUGGGCUUUUUGAGGGACUGGUUCGUUAUCAGUCUACCAGAAGCCCAGGAUAUCGUCAAUGCCCACACUGCGUACGCGCCCCUUGAAAAGUCAGAGCCGAUGCAAUAUACACAGGACGAUUACACCUCUGCACUUCUGCAGAAGAUGCUUGACUCCAACAGCAAGUUUCUCGAGUCCACGAAACUUAGCACACAACCCAAUUUGCCCCUCCCACUAGCUGCAAACGCAUCGCUGAAAGAUCUCGUUAUUAUUGGAGUGAAUGCGCCGGAGGCGUCAUGGCCAGUUUUCGUUGCUCUAUGGAACGAACUUUCUCAAACCGGACGGCCCCCUGUUCUGCUCACCCUUGAUGGAUUAUCCCACAUAAUGCGCAACUCCGAGUAUAUGUCUGCAGAAGUCAAGCCUAUCCAUGCCCACGAUCUCACUCUAAUCCGUCACUUUGUCGACCACCUCUCCGGCGCAAAGCCCCUCCCCAACGGUGGCAUCCCCUCGACUUCUGCAUCGAAGUCGCGGAAGCUCGACAGCAGACGCCCGACAACAUCCCACAAUGGAACCCUUACAAGAAAGUUGACGCGCGCGUGA